GCUGCUUCCUGUUCUUCUUCUUUGUUUUUCAUAUUUUCGACAUUUUCUCCGAACAUGAGAUAAAUUCACGAUUUGAAACAACUUUAACGUUGAAUCUGCGUUUUUCUGACGAAGCUUCGUUUUAAAAUCUCGUUCAUUUCUCGAUGGAAGCGCGCUACUGAGCUAGCUACCGUUACAGCCGCUAACUGUGGCUAGCAGCUAGCUGAGCUCGCAAUUUAGAUUCAAGAAUAAUUUAAAGUUGUAUCCUCGUAACUUAAAUAUGACGUCAGCGUCCGCAAAGGUCGGAGAGAUCUUCUCUGCAGCUGGAGCCGCCUUCACCAAACUGGGAGAACUGACGAUGCAGCUCCACCCGGUGUCUGACUCCAGUCCUGCAGGAGCCAAGUGGACGGAGACGGAGAUCGAGAUGCUGCGUUUGGCCGUGCGUCGCUUCGGAGACGAUCUGAACAGCAUCAGCUCUGUGAUCAAAGAGCGAACUGUCGCUCAGAUAAAGAGCACGGUGAAGAGGAAGUUGUAUGAAGACAGCCGAGUUCCCAUUUCCUCUGAAUCUCCGAAGAAGAACAUCAAGAAAUCCACGGUUGCCAUGGCGCCGGGCCCCGCCCCCUCAGCUGCCGCCAUGAUUACCGUGCCGACCCAGCAAGUUGUCGUGGCGACAGGGAUGCAGAACAGCCCCUCCCUGGCCCCGCCCCUCAAGAAGCAGAAGACGGCAGAUGUGACGCUCAGCGCCCUGAACGACUCGGACGUGAACAGCGACCUCGUGGACAUCGAGGGACUCGGAGACGGGUCGUCCAACAAGAAGCUCAACUUCGACCAAGAGAGUCUGAACCUGGACUCCAGCCUCAUCAUGAACUCCAGUGACCUCCCACUUCUCUCCCGCUGACCUUUGACCUCCAGUCAUUCUCUCAAACACACGAUUCUCUUCAUUAGCGUUCAUUUUAAAAUUCAAAAGUUUUGUUAAAUGUUUUAUUCUGGAUCCAAAGGAAACAGGUUUUAUUUAAGUUUCUGCUUUUUUGAGAAUAUUACCGGAGUUUGUUUUUCUCUUUGAAGCAGAAUUAUAUUUCACUUCGUUUUAAAAUCAAACAAAAGAGAGUUUUUCAUCCUGUUGUUAAAUCGAGAAGAAUCACGUUGAACAUCACAUUUCAUCCUUUAAGAAGCUCGGAGUGUUAAUCGUACAAAUUCAGAAGAAAACUGAACAAAGAAAAUCUCGUGUUUGAACUGUUUGUUAUUGAACUGAUGUAAAAACAUUGUUUUUUAGUAUGUUAAUAAAAAAUGAGAAGAAUUUC